AUGGGCUCAGCAGGCCAGUCCAAUGGCACCAGCGCUCCUGCAGCAGUCGAAGCCGAUGGCCUCGUCAUGCCCAUCAUCGACUUCGGCGACUUCCUACACGGCGACGCCUCAACCAAAGCCCGCGUUGCCGAACAAGUCUUGAAAGGCUUCCAAGACUCGGGCUUCCUCUACCUCACCAACCACGGCAUUCCCCCCUCCACCAUAAGCCACGUCUUCUCCCAAUCCAGCCAAUUUUUCGCGCGGCCCCAAUCCGAGAAAGACGCACUCAGCUGGACGACCCCCCAAUCCAACCGAGGGUACGUCGCCUCGGGCCGCGAAAAAGUCACGCUCGCCGACCUCAACGACCGCGACGAGAUCGCCAAGCUCCGCGCCUCCAACCCGGACCUCAAGGAGUCGAUGGAAAUCGGCCGCGAAGGCGUCGAAGGCUUACCCAACCGGUGGCCGGACAAGAUCGACGCCGCGGGCGCCGCCUUCGCCACCGACAUGAAAGCCUUCUUCCUCACCUGCAAGGCCCUGCACGGCCAAGUCAUGCGCGCCAUCGCCCUCGCCAUGGGCCUGCGGCCCGACUUCUUCGACGGCUUCACCGACGCCGGCGACAACAACCUGCGCCUCCUGCACUACCCGGCCGUGCUGAAGAGCGUCUUCCGCCACAACCCGGACCAGGUCCGCGCCGGCGCCCAUUCGGACUACGGGAGCAUCACCCUCCUGUUCCAGGACGACGUGGGGGGUUUGGAAGUGCAGAGCCCGCGCGGCACGUGGGUGCGCGCGACGCCCGUGCCGGGCUCCAUCGUCGUGAAUGCGGGCGACCUGCUGAAUCGCUGGAGUAAUGGGAUGAUCAAGAGCACAAGGCAUCGCGUGGUGCAGCCGCCGGCCAAGGAGGGCGACACCAGUGACAUGUUCCCGGAGAGGUACAGCGUGGCGUAUUUCUGCAACCCCAACUUUGAUCGCACCAUCGAGGCGCUUCCGGGGACGUAUGCGACCGAAGCGGAUAAGAAGUGGGAGUCGAUCAAGAGCGGUGACUAUCUGGUUAUGAGGUUGGCUGCGACGUAUUAA